AGGUCGGAUGAAGAAAAGGCGAGUGCGACGCUCGAAAUUGUCAGUCGCGCCAGGGUUACCAGAGGGGUCGGACAUCAAUCUAGUCAUAGUUAUUUAACAUUUAAUAAAUACUCAAAAGGACAAUCAUGAAAGUGUUCGUCGUGUUGGCAGCGGUUGCGGCUCUCGCAAACGCCCAGUUUAAAUGCCCGGCUAAAGAUGGCCAGUACGAAGACGACAGACAGUGCGACAAGUUCUACGAAUGUAGAGAUGGCGUUGCCACCACCAAGCUCUGCCCAGACGGCUUAGUGUUCGACCCAACCAUCAGGAAAAUCAACAAAUGCGACCAACCCUUCAACGUUGACUGCGGUGACAGAACCGAACUUCAGCCCCCAAAACCAAACAACUCAUGCCCCCGUCGCAACGGUUUCUUCGCUCACCCAGACCCUACUGUUUGCAACAUUUUCUUCAACUGCAUUGAGGGUGAGGUCACCGAAGUGAAAUGCACAGCUGGACUUCACUUCGAUGAGUACAGUGGUACCUGCGUGUGGCCCGACUCUGCAGGUCGUCAAGGCUGUGUUGCGCAAGAAAAGAAAACCAAGGACGGCUUCGAAUGCCCGAAGGAGCUACCUCUUGAAGCCUCAGGUCAGCCUGUGGCUCACCCCAAGUUCCCCCACCCCACUGACUGCCAGCGUUUCUACGUGUGCCUGAACGGCGUUGAACCCCGUGACCUCGGCUGCCAAGUCGGUGAAGUUUACAACGAAGAGUCACAGAGAUGUGACGCUCCCGAAAAUGUCCGUGGAUGCGAGGACUGGUACAAGGACUCGGAGGAUGCUGCCCCUGGACCCAAGGCAAGGUCUUAAGCUCACAGUGAUAUAAGUAUCAUAAGUUAAACCUAAGACUUAAUAAGUUAAAUAUAUUCUAAGUAAAUCAGAA